UAGAAAUUUUAUGUAUCACGGUUUGAAGAUUCUGGAUUUAAAAAAGGAGGGAAGAGAUUGGAAUUUUUUAUCGUUAAAAUCGAUGAUUGCUUGCAAUUUGAAUUUGAGAAGGUAGGGCAAAAAAUUAUUGGUUGCUAUUCCAACUCGAAAUCGAAAUCGCACAGGCACUGCGGAAGAAUAAGAAUAAUGAUGCUGAAAGGUUUCCAGAUUCAGAUAUGUGGGUUGGUUAGCAAUACACAACGCUGGAGUUGGAAACCUCGCAACUCCAUCUCAAUUUCAUCCUUGUCGUCAUUUCCCCCAAUCUCGUACUCUAACCCUAACCCUUAUCUCAAACUGCUUCCCACCAAUACCAUCGCUCGCAGGGCUCGAUUCACACCGUUUCAUGCUUCCACCUCACUGCAUUCUGCUGGAAAUGUUCGAAACAUCAAGUUCUGUCAGUGGUGUGGUGGUUCAACUAAGCAUGAUAUACCCAGCGGAGAAGAAAAGUUGAGAGCCAUAUGUACAAUUUGUGGGAAGAUUGCCUAUCAGAAUCCAAAAAUGGUAGUUGGUUGUCUCAUCGAACAUGAAAACAAGGUCCUCCUUUGCAAGAGGAAUAUUCAACCAUCUCAUGGACUUUGGACGCUUCCUGCUGGUUAUUUGGAAAUUGGAGAGUCGGCUGUGGAAGGUGCAAUCAGAGAAACAAGGGAGGAAGCAAAUGCAGAUGUAGAAGUAAUUUCUCCCUUUGCUCAAUUGGAUAUACCUUUAAUUGGCCAAACUUAUCUGAUAUUCUUAGCAAAGCUGAAGAAACCCCAUUUUUCACCUGGUCCAGAAUCAUCAGAAUGCCAACUUUUUCCACUUGAUGAUAUACCUUUUAAUUCUCUAUCCUUUUCGUCAAUGGUGGUUACCUUAAGUUUGUUUAUUGAGGAUAUUAAAGCUGGAAAGCCCAAAUUCCAUUAUGGAGCCAUUAACAAAAGGCCGGGUUCAAGUCCGUCUGAUAUUCAUGCCUAUACACUGGAUCAUCAUAUGCACUCGUGAGUUAUGAUAAGCAGCAGAGUGUAUUUGAAAAUUGCAAGUAAAAGAAUUCUAUUGAAGUUCUGCCACUCGAGUGCUGUAUCUUUUGCAAGAAUGUCCGAGCAUUACUGGCUUAAAUUGGCCAUUCUCAUAGGAUAGAUGAACAGUUGUUUCGAUUCAAAAAAGACGUUAGAUCAAUGAUGCUUGAUGCAAUUCAUGAUCACCAGCAAAUUACUCAGGGGCUCUUAUAUGAACGUCCCAUGUCAGAUUCGGAGGUAGUUGCUAUUGUAGAAGAUGGAGACUUGUUUUG